AUGGCGAACGUUAAUUUGCAGAUGCCGCUGAUUGCAGCAGCCACCACCAUACUGACAAUUGUCAGUGGGGCCACCGCCAGCACCACAUCCUCGACAGAGACGGCCAAGAACCACCCAUUGUAUCACAAUAUGGGGUCUUUGUUCGAGAAUCGAUGGCUGCCAAUGGAUCAGCCGAUGCAGCAUCAUCCCAAUCAUCGGUAUGGCUUGGCCAAAAUUCCACGGGGAAAUGCGGGUGAAAGGAGGGCCUUUAGCAGCGGCCAUUCCUCAGGCUCCCGGCAAGGAUUGGCCAACGUGCUCAACGGGCUAACAAAUCUCUCGGGCCUGGGACACAUUUCCAAUGGGUACGGCUCGGUGGCGCCCACCCAUACGGAGGCACUGGCCCUGGGCUCCACCAAACAGGAGAUACCGAUUUACGAGGAGCACAAUGAAGAUGCCGCCGCGGUGGCUGCCGUUGCAGCAGCUGGAGCCCAUGAUUUCGGCUCGGGAAAUGGACAAUCUGGCGGUGGAUUGGAGAACAAUCAAGAACAUUCGCCGAUUUACAAUUAUCCCGGUGCCGCACAUAAUGGUGGAUUUUUGCCGGCCUACGGUUCAGCUGGAUCUGGUCCCGAGCAGGACUACGCACAGUGGUCGUCAUCGACGCCGGAGGAGCAGCAGCCGGAACAGCAGCAGGCGGCUCAUCCCUAUGCGUACGAUAAAAUUUCAAUGGGAAAUUUCCUGCCGCCGUACUCUGGAUAUGAUGACCAACAGGGGCAGCUUUACCACCAGCAGUUGCAACACCAACAGCAGCAGCAACAACAGCAUCUGCAGCAGCUGCAGCAACUGCAGCAGCAACAGCAGCAACUGUACCACCAACAGCAGCAGAAGCAGCAUCAGCAGGAGCAGGAACAGCACUCUUCGUAUUUUGGCCAUCAUGAACCAUCCAUUUCUGGAUCGGCUUCAUCAUCGGCUUCAUCUGCCUCGAGCGGAUCUGGUGCUGAUGACUUUGAGGAGCAUCCCGAUGCUGGGCAGGAGCAGAGCUCCAACUACUUGUCGGAGGCAAGUGGUCACGGCCAGGGACACACCCAUCACUCGCAUCAUGUGGAUAUCAUUAACUAUGUGCCGGUGAAGCAUGUGAAGAAGCAGCACGUGCCGGUGGAGAAGGAGGUGAAGAUACCCAUAUCGCAUGCGGUCAUCAUACCGGUUCGCAAGCCAGUGCCCAUUCACAUACCGAUCACCAAGAACGUUCAGGUGCCGGUGGAGAAGGAAUUGAAGGUUCCGGUGGAGCGCCUGGUCCCUGUGCCCGUGGAGAAACACAUCCCAGUGCCGGUGGAGAAGCAUGUGCCCUAUCAUGUGGUCAAAUAUGUGCCCAUCAAGGUGCCCAAGCCGUUUCCCGUGAAGGUGCCCGUCUUCAAGACAGUGUUGCACAAGGUCAAGAGCUGGUGGUAGAAUCUAGGAUGUGCACAUUUAUAAAUCGCCAUCCUGUAUUCCUGCACUCCUGCGCUUCUCAUUUGCAUCCAGAGCACGCGAAUUUCGUUAUAGUUAUAAGCACAUUACGCAUACGCCACCGUCAUCCCAGCCUUUUGUGUCACCAAACCAAAGCGAACAACAUUAUGCAGUUUUGCACAUUUCGUAUUCCAUUUUUAAUGUCGAGUUUUAAA